UCGGUUUUAAAUUUUGACAAAAUGUCCAAAAAAAGGUCAAAAACGGCGGAAAACCGGAGCCUGCGGACGGUGGUGCACGCGCAGCUGGCGGCGGCCGCGGAGGAGAUUUACCGUCUGCUGAAGGAGAGCAGGAGGCCGGGCAUGGAGCUCACACAGCCGGGCAUGGAGCUCACACAGCCGGGCAUGGAGCUCAGACAGCCGGGCAUGGAGCCCACGCAGCCGGGCAUGGAGCUCACGCAGCCGGGCAUGGAGCUCAGACAGCCGGGCAUGGAGCUCACACAGCCGGGCAUGGAGCUCCCACAGCCGGGCAUGGAGCUCACACAGCCGGGCAUGGAGCAGCUCAGGCGGCUGGUCAUGCAGCUCAUCACCGCCGCAGUUAACAACAUCUUCACCGCCUUUGAAGCGAGUCGAGCGGCCGACAGAGAACCGGAGGAUCCCGGGGAGGAGCGGGGAGCUGAGCCCGCAGAGUUGUGCCUCUCCGUCGGAGUUCAGAGUCUCUUUGAGGACAAACAUCUGAAGCAGGAAGUCUCUGUGGACAACCAGCUGAAGGAACCUCGGCCCGGCACUUCCUCCCAACCAGAGGACGUUUCAGACCCGAACUGUCAGCCCGACUCACCGGACCAGCCGACCGGAGACGAUGAAGAGGAAGACGAGGAGGCGACUUCUCACUGCUGCAGAGUGUGUGGAAAGUCCUUUGACAGGAAAGGCUUUCUGAUGAAACAUGUGGAGAAACAUUUGAAGGAGGCAGAGUGUCUCUGCGGUCUGUGCGGCGAGCGCCAGGAGUCCAUCGACGGUCUGCGGCUGCACCUUCAGACGCACCGCGACAGCAGCCGGACCUGCGACGUCUGCGGCAAGAAGUUCCCGUCGAUCCGAGCGCAGGAGACACACCUGAGGCUGCACACGGGAGAGAAACCGUUCAGCUGCCAUGUCUGCGGAAAAGGCUUCAACCAGAAGGGCAACAUGGUGACGCACAUGAGGAUCCACACGGCCGAGAAGCCGUUUAGCUGCACCAUCUGCAGCAAAGAGUUCAGCCACACUGGCUCUCUGGAGCGACACAUGAAGGCUCACAAUGGACAGUCGCCGUUCAGCUGCAACGUCUGUGGGAAAGGCUUCGGGAAGAGCACCGAGCUGCGGCGACACGUCCGCAGUCACAAGUCCGACGAGCCACCGGCCGCCAGGAGCCGACGCAGAAAGCCGAGUCUCACUCCCUCACACUGCUGCAAGGUCUGCGGGAACGCCUUUCACAAUAAAGGUAACUUUGUGCGUCAUGCAGAGACUCAUUUAAACGAUCCCGCCAGUCGCUGCGGCGUCUGCGGGGAGCACACAGAGUCCUCGGAGACUCUGCAGCUCCACAUCCAGAGCCACAGAGAGACCAGCAGGAUCUGCGACAUCUGCGGCAUCAGCUUCAGGGACAUGGAGAUCCACAUGAGGACGCACACCGGACAGAAACCCUUCAGGUGUAAAGACUGCGGCAAAGACUUCCCCAGGAAGGGCUCUCUGGAGAGACACAUGAAGCUGCACGCUGGCGAGAGGCCGUUCAUCUGUGAGUUCUGCGGGAAAACUUUCAUCGAAAACACCGUCCUGAGGAGACACAUCAAGAGCCACACGGGAGGGAAGCCUAGGAUCUACUCCUGCGACAAGUGCGGCAAGAAGUUCACCAUGAGCCAGCAUCUGGACGUACACAAGAGGAUCCACACCGGGGAAAAACCGUACACCUGCCGGGUGUGCGGAAAGGACUUCCGCCAGAUCGGCAACCUGGACUCGCAUAUGAGGAUCCACACGGGCGAGAAGCCGUUCAUCUGCAGCCUCUGCGGGAAGAGGUUCCGCCAGAAGAUCUCACUGGAGACGCACGAGCGCUUCCACAAGAAGGACAAACCAUUCAGCUGUCAGCUCUGCAGCAAGGGCUUCGUCCAGAAGAUCGACCUGAAGAGGCACAUGCUGACGCACACCGGAGAGAAACCCUACAGCUGCGUCAUCUGCGGGAAGAAGUACCAGGAGAAACGUUCGGUGGACUCUCACAUGAAGGUUCACUCUGGAGAACGAACCGCUAAAGACUCGACUGCAAACGUGAACCUGAAACGAUCAGAGGGAGGUCAGGACUUCAUCCAGCUGUAGAAAGACUCACUCAGAAUCUGAAACUCUGAAACAUUUCUAUGUUACAAGCUGCAAACAGUUCAGUCAG